CAGUUCCUCGUAGUUCCACCCUCGAGCUCCACUUGACUCAAGCGGCCACCAUCAGCAACUAUGGCCUACCGCCUCCUCCUCUUCCUCUACCGCAAGGACGGCAUCACGCACGCCGAGUUCCGAGACCACUACGAGUACAUCCACAUACCUCUCACGCGGGAGCUUACGGGCUCCCUCUUCCCAUCGCUGCACGCGCGGCGCUACAUUGAGCGGUCACCGGAUGGCGAGCCCAACGUGCUCGUCGGCAACAAGUCGGGGGACGAGUGCGACGCCGUGGUGGAGGUUGCGUUCCGGGACGAGGAGGCGGCGCAGGCGUUCUUCGCGGCGACGAACAAUGGCGAGAUCGAGGAGAGGCUGCGGAAGGAUAUUGCGCAGUUCUUGAACAGGGAGAGAAUGCGAGUCGUGAAGAUCGGCGAAUCCUUUGAGACGCGCCGGGACGACUGACCACGCCUGUUUUCGGUCCAGAACAACACUCUUUGUAAACAGUGAUCACAAGGAAUCCAGUUCCAGAGUCUUGUUGUUUUCCUGUCAAGACAUUACUCAGCGGAACCUAUAUCCGGUCCGAACGCAUUGAUGGUGAUUGCGAUGCAGAUGCAGAGAGACCUCGCUCGGCCUGGAUUUGGCCGGUGGAUCCAGAACCCGCUUCCGUCCCGGAUCCGGUCUCCGCGGGGAUGCGGACCGAGACCCAUUAAGUGGGAUCCCGGGUGUUUUGCAGGGUUACGUGAUCCAUUGCCCCCCUUUCCUGCCGAGGCCCCAUUCUUUUCCCUUUUUCUCGCUUCGCGGCAAGUGACGUUCUGUCAUCUUUUCCAUUCCAGUUCAAAAGGGUGCAGAGAGACCGGACGAACAAGCGAA